AUGGACAAUGAAAAGCUGACUUUUCAGUUUGAAGGUUUACUUGAAUUUGAAGGAAAGAAAAAAAUGUCUCCACUUUUAAGAAGCGUUAUUGAUAUCGCUGAAGUUUUCAAUCAUUAUGCCUCACAUAGUUGUGAUGGAGCAUCACUAAGCAAGAAAGACCUGAAGAACCUCCUUGAAAGGGAACUCGGAACUGUCCUUCAGAGACCACAUGACCCCGAGACGGUAGACCUGACCCUAGAACUUCUGGAUCGCGACUCCAAUGGGCGUGUUGAUUUCAAUGAAUUCCUCCUGUUCCUUUUCAAGAUUGCUCAAGCUUGCUAUUAUGCUCUUGACCAGGCUGCAAGGCAGGAUGAGAAGACAGCCCUGCCUAGGGAAAAGAGGAACCUGUCACAAGAUCGCAGGCAAGAAGACCAAAGGAGAUUCGAGCUCCAGGAUGAAGAACCAGGGCGCCGAAGCCGGCAGAAGAGACAUGAGCAGGAGGAGCGUGCUGAGGAGCUGAGGAAGAGGCAGGAGAGACUGGAGCAGCGCUGCGACGAAGAGCCCCGACUGCAAAGACGAGAACUGCAAGAACUGGAGGAGCGCCUUGCAGAGAAAGAGCCGCUAAGCUGGAGCCAGGGUCCUGAUGCUGAGGAGUUUUCUGAGGAAGAGGAACAGCAGAGGCGAGAGAGGAAAGAACUCAGGAGCGAGGACCACACGGAAGAGAGACGGCUGCAGGAGCGCGGGCGAAGAGAGCUAAGCGAACCCCAGCGGAGGCGCGAACCCCAGUUGAGGCGCACGCAGGAGUUGGUGCCCGAGGAGGACGAGCAGACGCAGCUCCAGGAGCCCGACGAGAGCUUCACACAGAGGUGGCAGCGGCAGCUCGAAAGCGAGGCAGAAGCCCGUCAGAACAAAGUCUACUCCAGGCCUCGCAGACAGGAGCCGGAAAGGCGUCAGCUCGGGGAGCAGGAGCAGCGCCGCGACCUCCGCCCGCAGCGUCCCGCUGAGGAGGAGCACCUGGAGCAAGAGCAGCAGUUCCGCAAGCGGGAGGAGCAGCGCUUCCGGGAGGAUGAGCUGCAGCGAGCCCAGCUCCAGGACAGCCUCCUAGAGGAACGCCUGAGGCGUCGUCAGGUGGAGCGCCGCGACCAAAACAGGAGCGGGCAACUGCGGGAAGAAAGCCAGAGGCGCCACACCUUGUACACCAAACCCAGCCAGAGGCAGCAGAGGGAGGAAGAGCUACGUGAGGAGCGGCUGCUGCAAGAAGAAGAGCGGCUGCAGAAGGAAAGGAGACACCUGCAGGAGGAAAGGCAGUAUCAAGAGGAGGACCUGCAGCAGGAGGAAGAGCGGCUGAAGCAGCAGGAAGAGCGGCUGCGGAGAGAAAGGAGAAGCCUUCAGCGGGAGAGGCAGUAUCAAGAGGAAGAACUGCAGCAGGAGGAAGAGCAUCUGCAGCGGGAGGAAGAGCGGCUGCGGAAGGAAAGGAGACUCUUGCAGCAGGAGAGGCAGUAUCAAGAGGAAGAACUGCAACAGCUGCGGGCUGAAGAUCAGCGUAGGGAUCUGAAAUGGCAGUGGCAACCAGAGAAAGAAAAUCAAGUUCGCAGUCACAGGCUCUUCUCCAAGCGCAGGGAGAAUGAAGAAAAGAUCCGGCAGCUGGAAGAUUCUCUGGAGCAAGAGAGACGGUUACGUCAGGAUCGGCGGUCCCUGCAAGACGAAGCGGAAGAGAAGAGAGAGUUGGAGCAGGAGAGGAGGCGCCGACAGCAGCGCGACCGGCAGUUCCUAGCAGAAGAGGAGCUGCAGCGAGAGCACCAAAGGGAAGCCAAAAGACGAGAUGAGACCUUCCAGGAGGAAGAGCAGCUCCUGAGAGACUCGAGAAGACGACCAGAGGAGAGGGAUAGGAAGUUCCUUGAGGAGGAAAAGCAGCUGCAGAAGGAACGGGAAGAACUGAGGCGGCGGCAAGAACAAGAGAGACAAUUCCAGGAGGAAGAGGAGCUGCACCUCCAAGAACGCGAGGAAGAACUUCAGCAGGAGCGCAACAGAAAAUCCUGUGAGGAACAGAAGCGCCGCCAGCAGCGUGAAGAAGAGCAACAUCGCCGCCGGGAGCGGCGUGAGGAAGAGCAGCACCGCCAGGAGCGUGACAGAGGUUUCCACCAGGAACAAGAGCGCCGCCAGGAGCGUGACAGAGGUUUCCACCAGGAACAAGAGCGCCGCCAGGAACAAGAGCGCCGCCAGGAGCGUGACAGAGGUUUCCGCCAGGAAGAAGAGCGCCGCCAAGAGUGUGAUAGAAGUUUCCGCCAGGAACAAGAGCGCCGCCAAGAGCGUGACAGAAGUUUCCGCCAGGAAGAAGAGCGCCGCCAGCAACUCGAGGAAGAGCAGCUGAGACGCCAGGAACGUAACAGAAAAUUCCACGAGGAAGAAGAGCGCCGCCAGGAACGUGGCAGGAGAUUCCAAGAGGAAGAAGAGCCCCGCCAGGAACGUGGCAGGAGAUUCCAAGAGGAAGAAGAGCGCCGCCAGGAACGUGGCAGGAGAUUCCAAGAGGAAAAAGAGCGCCGCCAGGAGCUCGAGGAAAAGCAGCUGCGAGACCGAAAGUUGAGGGUAGAGGAGCAACUUCGCAGGGAGCGCGAGGGAGAGCUGCGGCGCCGACAGGAAUGUGACAGAAAAUUCCGCCGAGAACAAGACUUCCACCAGGAACUGGAAGAAGAGCAGUCGAGGGAUAGGAAGUUGCGCCGGGAACAAGAGCUCAGGCGUGACAGAAAAUUCCAAGAGGAAAAAGAGCGCCGCCAGGAGCGUGAAGAAGAGCAGCUGAGGGAUAGAAAGUUCCGCCGAGAGCCAGAGCUCAGGCGCGACAGAAAAUUCCGUGAGGAAGAAGAGCGCCUCCAGGAACUCGAGGAAGAGCCGCUGAGACGCCAGGAACGUAAUAGAAAAUUCCAAGAGGAAGAAGAGCGCCGCCAGGAGCGCAAGGAAGAGCAGCUGAGGGAUAGAAAGUUCCGCCGAGAACCAGAGCUCAGGCGCGACAGAAAAUUCCGUGAGGAAGAAGAGCGCCUCCAGGAACUCGAGGAAGAGCAGCUGAGACGCCAGGAACGUAACAGAAAAUUCCAAGAGGAAGAAGAGCGCCGCCAGGAGCGCAAGGAAGAGCAGCUGCGAGACCGAAAGUUAAGGGUGGAGGAGCAACUUCGCAGGGAGCGCGAGGAAGAGCUGCGGCGGCGCCCACAGGAAUGUGACAGAAAAUUCCGCCGAGAACCAGAGCUCAGGCGCGACAGAAAAUUCCGAGAGGAAGAAGAGCACCUCCAGGAACUCGAAGAAGAGCAGCAGAGACGUCAGGAACGCAACAGAAAAUUCCGUGAGGAACAAGAGCACCGCCAGGAACUCGAGGAAGAGCUGAGACGCCAGGAACGUGGCAGGAAAUUCCACGAGGAAGAAGAGCAGCGCCGCCAGGAACUCGAGGAAGAGCUGAGACGCCAGGAACGUGGCAGGAAAUUCCACGAGGAAGAAGAGCGCCGCCAGGAACGUGGCAGGAAAUUCCAGGAGGAAGAAGAGCGCCGCCAGGAACUUGAAGAGGAGCUGAGGCGCCAGGAACGUGGCAGAAAAUUCCACGAGGAAGAAGAGCGCCACCAGGAACUGGAGGAAGAGCCGCUGAGACGCCAGGAACGUGGCAGGAAAUUCCACGAGGAAGAAGAGCGCCGCCAGGAACUUGAAGAGGAGCUGAGGCGCCAGGAACGUGGCAGAAAAUUCCACGAGGAACAAGAUCGCCGCCAGGAACUUGAAGAGCAGCUGAGACGCCAGGAACGCGCCAGGAAAUUCCAUGAGGAAGAAGAGCGCCGCCAGGAGCGAGACCGAAGAUUCCGUGGGGAACCAGAGCUCCGGAAAGAAAGGGAGGAGCAACAGCUUUGCCAAGAGCGUGACAGGAAAUUCCAGGAGGAGAAGCAGCUGCGCCAGGAACGUGAGGAACUGCAGUUGCGGAGGCAGAAACGAGAUGGUCAGUACCUAGCUGAGGAUCAGUUUGCCAGGGAUAAGAUUCGUCGUCAGGAACAGGAACAGCAUCAAAAAGAGGAACAACUACGUCGCCAAGAGCGGGAGAGAAAAUUCAAAGAAGAGCAGAUCCGUCGGCAGGCAGAGCAGAGGCGCCGCCAAAUCCUGGAGAGUGGCGCACGCCAGUUUGCCAAUGUCCCAGUGCGUUCCAGCCCUCUCUAUGAGUACAUCCAAGAGCAGAGGUCUCAAUACCGCCCUUAAAGGAUGCUGCCAACGUCCUGGCAGCAGCCAAAUCUUUUUUUCUUUUUCAAGCAAAAGAAAAUGAGAAACACUGGGUAUCAAAUGAUAACUCAUGUGUUUCUGGUUGUGGGAAAACUAUAUAAUCUUAGAAUGUCUUUUCCAGAAUCUUAAACUAUACCUGUUUCAUUUCUUUCUACUCCUGUCUUUCAUUCUGCCUCGGAUCUUUAUUGCAAGAUGUCUUUGUUCUUUAGUGCAGAUAUGGUGUGCACUUUUAAAAAGAAGUCAUUUAAUUUUUUUAAAGGAAUUUUGUUUGAGGAGCACAUUGAUUUAUUGCCUUCAUAAAUAAGAAUAAUGUAGCAAUUUGAUAUUCAAAAUAAUUGAGCCACUAUUUUUAGUGGUGGAUCAUCUUGUUGGGAGCUCUCAUUUUAUAAGUUUAAGUUGGCUUUUUCUUUGGCCUAAAUUUCAUUUGUAUUCUCCUCCAAACAGUUUUCUUGAUUUUUGUUGCGUAAUUUUGCCAGCCCUCAAAUAAUGCAGGGGAAUGAUUUAUGCAGAAAAAAUACCAUGUGAAAUCAGUUCAUAACUGAAAGAAAUAUCUGUUAAGAGAAAGACUUGGACAGGAAAUUAGAAUUUGGCAUUGUAUUUUUAUACUUAGCACCACUAAAAAUUUCAUGAAGCAAAAGCAAGGUGUUUCUCAAACAACUCAAAUUUAAAACUGCUGUAAUUUGUAGAGCUCUGUUCUAUUUCCCCAAGUUUGGUUGGGUUUUAGAAUAUUAUUACUUUUGUACAUUUUGGUUUAGAGGGAAUCUAUUCAAGGCCCUGUACACAUCUGUCUUGUUUGGGUCCAACAAGAGUUCAGAGUGAUGGAAGAAGGAAAGGGGAAAAUGUAUGAACAGAGGACAAAUUUCUAGAGGUCUCUAGACUUAUCAGCCCACAAUUAUUUGAGGCUUUAUACUACCUUAAAGACAUUCUUGUUGAAAAAAAUGGACUGUAGAAAAUCAAUAAAUGUUUGGCAAAUAAU